GAGUUCUCUAAACUCAAAACCUGACUAGUGUCAAAUAUUAACUGCAAUACAAACAGAGCAAACAGAAUCCGAGUAAACACUCCCUGGGGGCCUCAAAGAUGAGCUUUCACACACACUCUUACAACACACAUACAUACAAAUGUACACACAUAUCCCAGUACAUUUACUCUCAGACACAUACACAACACACUCAGUCAUUCACAUGAACACAUACACACUAUUGUGUUCACAUGCACACUCGUACAACAAGCAUGCAUACGGCCGUGCAUGCACACCCACACACACACUACUUACCCAGGAAGAGUAACUACAGCAUACUAAUAGUAUAUAGUGUAGAUGGGGAAGAGUAUUAAAGGUAUCAAGAUGUUUAUGGAAAAUAUAAUAAAUAUUAUAAAGAUUGACCACUGGUCAUGUCCAGUUAUGUUGGUACAGAGACAAGAUUGCGGUGAGUUGCCAGCUCCAGCUAACUCAUUGAUCCCACUCUGUGAACUCCUGGUCCGUGGUGGGGUGGGAUCCAUCCACCCAUGCCAAACCUAAGCUCCCCACCAGGGACAGGCCCCCAUACGACAGGACCUCUCUCUUUCCUCUGAACUCCAAGCCAGGACAGCUGUUUGGACAUGAGUCCAAUCUCUCUCUUCUUCUCACACUCUCCUCUCUGUCCCUCGUCUCCCCCUGAUGCCUCCCAAAGGAGCAGAGAUCCAUCGCACUGCCACAGACUUCAGCUGCACGCCUUCACUGUGGACAACAGUAACCUUUAGAUUAAGCGGGUGUUCCCAGAGACUGACUGUGGAUCAGCUGUCCAGAUGAGAGAGUGGAGUGAGUCGGAGAUAACCAUGUCUGCCGGUGGUUACCUCUCUGCCUCUGAUGGAUAUGGCAUCACUGAGCCUCUGCAGUACUACGAUGUGCUGGGGGACCCUUUGGGCUACCCUUUCCAGGAGCCAGACCUACAGGGCCUAGCCUUCAGCCAGCAGCAGUACAGCCCCAUCAAUGUGCAGUUUUCUGUCUACGGACCGCCGUCCUCCCAGCCCUUCCACCCACUUUCCACCCACCCCUACAGCCCCCACUGCCUGGACACUCCCUGCGAGCCCAGCCCAGAGCCCCAGUGUGGAAGCCUGGGGAAGGGGCGAGGUGGGGGAGGUUUGUCCCUGGUCAAGAGGACCAGGCUGGGUCCGGGAGGAAGGGUGAGGGGCCAGGAUGAGCUGUGUGUGGUGUGUGGGGACAAAGCCUCUGGCUACCACUACAACGCCCUCACCUGUGAAGGCUGCAAAGGUUUCUUCCGAAGGAGUGUGACGAAGAAAGCAGUGUACCGGUGUAAAAGUGGCGGAGGCUGUGAGAUGGACAUGUACAUGCGGAGAAAGUGCCAGGACUGCCGCCUGCAGAAAUGUCGUGCUGUGGGCAUGCUGGCUGAAUGUCUGCUGACGGAGGUGCAGUGCCAGUCCAAGAGGCUGAGGAAGGGGACCAAACACAGAGGAGGAGGGCCUGAGGAGGAGGAGAACAUGGGGAGCAGGAGAGUCAGCUCCACCAGCAAGCUACCAGGACAGGUAGUGUCUGCAAAUUUGUCAGUAGAACAGAAGCAUGUGCUGGACAGGAUGGUGGAGGCUCAUCGACAGUACAGUGCGCAGGACACUACACACUAUAGGGUGUUUGAGUGGACUUGUACAGAGGUUGGUGGAGACAGACUAACAGACAUGGCAUGCCCUCCCUCUCAGAGGCUGCUGCAGUUCGCCAAGAGUGUACCUGGCUUUGAGCUCCUGGACUGCUUGGACCAGAACACCCUUCUCUCUAGUUCAUCUGUGGAAGUCAUGUUUCUGCUAUCAGCUCAGCAGUUCACCCAGAACCCAGCAGCCUCUAGCCCAGCACUACAACCUUUCAACAUCUCAACUCAUCAUUGGCUGAAAACCUUAGAGUCCAAGGAAAACAUUCAUAGUGGGACCGGCCCUGUAAACUCAGGAGUCAAUGAGGACUUGCUAGGACCGGUGCUCAACUUCUUCCACAGCAUGGCUGCAUUGGGGGUGACGGAGGCUGAAUAUGCCCUGCUCACUGCUACAGCACUGCUAUGCUCAGCAGACGAAGCGUUGCUGCGGGCGGUGGCGUGUGUGGAGAGCUUACAGGAGCUGACCAUGGAGCUUCUGUCCAGGGUGUGCGGAGCCCGAUAUGGAGCCCAGGGCCCUCAGGGAGCCCAGCGUUUCGCUCGCCUGCUGGGGAGACUCACAGAGCUGCGCACGCUACGACACAACCACCUCACCCUGCUCCGACAGCAGCUCUGGGACAGUCAGCCUUGAGACAGACACUGAGUACGAAGAACAGAGAUAGAACAGAGAGACAGAGACACAAACAAAUGGUUUAAAUAAUCUACAUUUUGGCUUAAUGUUCAAUGAUUUAUCAAGUUUGUACCAAACAAUUUAAGGUAAAACUAUUGGCCAUUUAGGAUUAUUAUGUUUAUAAUUAAAAAUACCAAUACCAUUCUUCUAAGUGAUUGGUUUCUACUGUAAAGUUUGAAUCACUGACCAGUAUUAAACCAACGUGAGUUUUGUUAUAUGGAGAACGCAGAUUAAGGUAUUAAAAAAGUAUUUUAUCAUA